AUGUACUCGAGAGCACAGCGAAAGUUCCUCCAGCCCGACGCAGACCAUGCAAACCCGAACUUGGGCCCAGGCUGCUACACCGCCGACGAGUCGACACUGCUGGCGGGCAAGAUUCUCGGAGACGACGGAUAUGCGCCGUUCGCCUCGCUGUCGCCGCGGGUCUGCGAGUUUGAUCGAAUGAUCAUCCCGGGUCCCGCUCCUGGCGCAUAUGAGUCUCCCAUUCCGCUCGGCUUCCAGCGCUCCUAUCGCUCCUCGCUCUUUGGCAAGUCUCGAGCGCCUCGCUUCCGCGACCAAGCGUCGAUAACACCGGGGCCAGGCUCGUACUCGAUCAAGGCGACACUACCCGAGCGGAAGAAGGCCGAACACACUCACGCUGCUCAGGGCCUCGAACUGCCGCUGACGACGAGCUCGGUUCCGUGCCGCAGCGAGCUCGCGGGCGCAUCGAGUUCGACACUCAGGUCCUCGAAGCCCUCGACCUCCAGCGUGGGACUGGGUGGCCUGGCCCGCAGCGGCGAUAUCGAUGCCGGCCUGACCGAGGCCGCAGGUGUGCCCCUUCCCGCAGCCACACCGGGCGAGUUUACAAGCGGCCUUUCGAUCACACGGACGCCUGAGCGGCCGCUGGGAACCAUUGAAAAUCUCGAAGCCAAGUCGUGUGCCAUCAACCCCCGCAAACCAGGGGCUGGGGUCACUGCUUCGGCCAUCCGGAGUGCGCAAAAGCGCAAGCCUGCGAUUGUGUGGAAGCGCAAGUAUGUGCCGCCGAGCAUUCCGUGCGGCGGCUCGGCAUUCGGAUACCAGGAAAACGAAGAUGGCGAACUGGUGCCUCGCAUCGCACCCAAGAAGGCAAACCAUGAAGUGCCAGCAUACAACCACCUCAACUCGUUCGUCGAGCUCGCCAAGCACCAGAACCGCGGCUUCCAGUUUGGGCACUCCAAGGGCCGACUCUCGUUCAAGUCGAACGAAUCCCCGGGCCCGUGCGUGUACGACUCGCUGGCCGGAGAUCGGUUCUUGAAAAAAUCGACCGAGACUGGAAAUGGGCCGGCCGUGAUGACUCUGGCGCCGUGUGUUCGCGUGACAGACGAGAUUGUCAUGAACGCCAUGAAGAAGAGCAUUCCGGGACCAGGCGCCUACGACUGCAAGGAAACGAUCGAGGACAACUUGGGCAAGAAAAAAGGACGGAUUCAUUUUGGAGGCAGCGACCGUGUUGUGCGAACAGGUGGCGAACAUCGCUCGCCGACAGGCUACAUUCCGUCAUAUCUCCUCAAGAACCCCGGUCCUGGAUCAUACUAUCCAGAGUUCUCGGACAUUCGAAAGCCUCCACCAUACAAACCGCAACCGUUUGGGUCGACUACCUCUCGCUUCGAGAGUGCCGAAGAGAUUCGAGCAAAGGCACAGCCCGCGCCUGGCACAUACAAUCUGGACGAGAUCGACAGCAUCGUGCAAAGAGUACAGCGCAACGUGGUGUUCAGCAACAUUGGCGGAGUCACCAAGGGCUUUGGGUCUAUUUGCCAGCGAUUCGGCAAGGUGCAUGUGAACAAAGACCCAGGUCCAGGAUCGUACGACCCCAGGGCUCCUGAGAAGGCUGGCCCAAACGUUGGCAAGAUCGCCAAGCUAAGGAGCCGCGGACCAAGCAAGAUCAUGCUCGGGACGGCGAUUGUGGAUCCGACGCAUGUGCGCAUUCCUGUAUUCGGAACACAGACCGAGCGAUUCACGGAUGUGGCAAAUGCAGAGGUUCCACCACCAGGGACGUACGAGAUUGCCGAUGCGUACGAGAGCAUGCAGUCCAAGGGGCGCAUUCCCAAGACCAGCAUCAUGGUGAGCCAGAUGCGACGAAGCCUGUUUCCAGAGCCCGAGCAAGUUCCAGGUCCUGGCGAGUACGAGCCAGCCUUGCUCGAGAAGAAGGAGGCUCGUCAGAAGGACAUUGGAGGGUUCCUCAGUUCGAAGGAGCGAUUCGACGAACGGCCACCGCCAGUUCCAGGCCCUGGUGCCUAUCUAUCGCCCGAGUAUGACCACGGGCUCAUCAAAAAGACAUUCAACAUCACGCUUACGGAUUGGCUGGGCAACCCGGCAACCAAAGAGCGUGGCCAGAAGGGCGAGGCUGGCCACGAAGUCAAUUCGAUUGUUGCCUGA